GAGGAGGGUUGUCUGUUCCUUUAAAACCGCCGCCCGCCGCCCGGGAGGACACGAGCGGCCCAGCCCCGCGCCCACGGCCGCCGCCUCCCGGGCCUCGCGCCCUGCGCCCUGCGACCCGGAGACCCGGCGCGGAACCCGGGCAGCGGCUGCGGGCGCAGAGCCCGGCCCCCUCCCCUCGGGGCGCGGCCGCAGUCCGUGCGCCCGGGUUCCUCCGCCCGCACCUCCCGGCACCCAGGUUCCCCGCCCGCACCUCCUGCCGCGCGGGGCCGGCGCGUGCGGGGCGAUGAGCGGCGGCGCGCCGCCCCGGACCCCGGCCCCGGCACUCGGCGUCCCCGGGAGCAGCGCCGCCCGGCGCCCCGCGUCCCCGGAGCUGCUGCGCUGCGGCCGGCGGCGGCGGCCGGAGGGGCCCGGGGGCGGCGCGGGGGCCGGGGCGGGGGCGGCCGUGGCGCGGCGCAACGCGCGGGAGCGCAGCCGCGUGCGGCGGGUGAACCUGGGCUUCCAGGCGCUGCGGCAGCACGUGCCGCGCGGCGGCCGGAGGCUCAGCAAAGCGGAGACGCUGCGCUCGGCCGCCGCGUACAUCCGGGCGCUGCAGCGGCUGCUGGCCGAGCAGGACGGGGGGCUCCUGGCGCCCCCCGGGGGGCCCCCCGCGGCCGCCCCGCCCUCCGGCGGCAGCUCCGAGCCCGGCUCCCCGCGCUCCGCCUGCUCCUCGGACGGCAGCGGCGGCGAGGGCGCGCCCAGCCCGGCGGAGCGCGAGCUGCUCGGCUUCCCGGUCUGGCUGGGCGGCUGCUGACCCGCCCCAGGUGGCGUAGCCCCGCGGCCCAGGGCAGCUCCGUCCCCACCGAGGAGCCAGAGGGUGGCCCGGCCUCCAUCCUGCUGCUGCCCGCCGGGUAACACCGACGCCGUGACGCCCAGCCUGACCGCGUGGUCCCUGCGGAUCUCCCGGAGGGACAGCUUCCUGGGACCCUGACUGUCCACCCUGAGACUGUCCACUGGCUGAUCUCCCCGAGGGACAGCAUCCUGGGACCCAGACUGUCCACCCUGAGGCCACCCGCUGGCCCCGGCCGGGCACCAGCCCGCGGUUUUCCCGGAGGGAGCCGGGGUGUGAGGUCACAGAGCAUCUGCUGUUUCCACAUCACCUCGAACUGCCCGGGAACAGGGCACCAUGAACUUAUUUUUAUACAAAGACUCCGUCCAGCAGAAUCCAAUAAAGAUGGU